AAAAAGGUAGCACAACAGGAAAAAAAAUCAUUUCAGAGCCAUUUCACGUUUCGACACGGCACUUCUCUUAAAUUCGCCUUCAUCUUUGGAAAAUGCCUUACAACAACACAGAUAACUGCAGCACAUCAGAUUUCAGAUAUCCACUUUUCACUUCCACCUACAGCAUCGUGCUGCUGUUCGGGCUUCCUUUGAACUUUGUGUCUCUUUGGAUACUGGUUUGUCGGAAUGGAUUGAGGAAAUCCGUUCCGGUGAUCUACAUGGCCAACCUGGCCUUAUCGGACCUACUUUUCACUCUUUCCCUGCCCUUUCGGAUCAUCUACUUUGCCACAGGUAAAUGGAAGCUGGGAAACACUCUGUGCAUGAUUCCAGGGACCCUCUUUGCUGUCAACAUCUAUUCCAGCUCCUUGUUCAUCACACUCAUCAGCGUGGACCGGAUGCUGGCUGUGGUGUAUCCACUGAGAUCUCGCCAUUUGAGGACGGUACCAAUAGCCUGGGUGUUUUGUGCAAUCGUGUGGCUGAUCAUCGCUGGAUUGGCAGUGCCAACAGCCUUAAACCAUCCCGAAAAUAAGGAUAAAUAUUGUAAUGUUACACGUUGUUUUGAGAGAUACACAGAGGAAGAAUGGUUUAAGGGGUUCAUUAUCCUCUGCUGUGCCACUUUCUUUGGUAUUUUAAUACCUUUCUGCAUUAUUCUGGGCUGUACAGUGGCAGUCGUAUGGCAGCUGAAAGGCUACAGCAUGGCGACUUCCUCAUGCAGCUCCGAGUUGAGUAAAGGCAAGAUUGUGAAACUCUUUCUGUCUAACUUGCUCAUCUAUGCCAUUUGUUUCAUCCCAUUUCACACUGCUUUCAUCCUCUUUGGCUUGAGCAAACUUCAUUUCUUCAACGAAGAGAAAACUCUCAAAAUGUACUUUGACCUACAGACUGUAACCAUGUGCAUGGCCAGCACAAACAGCUGUCUGGACCCGUUGAUCUAUUAUUUCAGCUCAAAGAAUAUUAAAGGUAGAGACAGAUGUGAUUCUUCAUCCAAAACCGUCGGUCUCGGCCUGGUCCAGAGCAUGAGUUGGAAUGUACAGUAAAGCACCAUCCAUCAUAAAUUGCUUAUGUUGUUGAGGUAAAGAAGCUCUUUGUCUGAAAGGAAAUGGUUAUGUAGAAAAAAAAAGCAGGUCUUAGACCAAAAGCUGACUCACACACGAGAACUGUGCACAUCUCUGCUCAUGUGCAAAGCGUGAAACGGUUGCAACUCUCUUAUCGUCCUAAAGCUGGUGAAAAGGGAAGACACCGGAAGUUGAGACAGUGAUUCAUAACCUGCCAAUGUGAUAUAAAUACUUUAAUUUCAUUGUUGUAUAUCAUCAACUAAGCUGUUUAAGUGUAUAUUAGCUUAUGACUGAGAACCAAGGGCAGUAGCUACUGUGAAAAUGUUGGCCCCUCUGGUUGUAUAUUGCUACGUGUUGCUGCAUUAGCUGCUUUUCUUCCAGCAUUACAGUUGAAAAAGUGUUCAGUUUGUCUUUUUUUCUGUUUUUGUGUUAUUGAGCAAUCAUUUAAACUGCAUUUUUACUUCCCCAGGAUUGCACUGAAGUUCUGCAUAGUAAUACAUGUGCACUUUUCCUUAUGUGUCAUGCAUUAUGUUGGUCGAAAUAAAUUAAGCAUACUUGUGCUAAGUUUAACCUA